AUAUCACACAGAAAUCAUCUUUGUUCCUAGCCUCAAAUCACGAUAAAGCAGUACAACUGAAGAGCCAUCAGUACUGAUUGUCAUGACUGUGUGCUAUGCAGGCAGGCAGGAUUGGACCCAAAUGCAGGACUCGCGGAGGCAGAGGUGAACUUAAGAAACUUGGUUUAUUACAGGAAAAUAAGAAGAACAGAAAACUAACUGAACUGGGAAAACAAAUAAACUAACAGGCAGGCAGGCAGGCAGGCAGGCAGGCAGGCAGGCAGGCAGGCGAGCGAGCGAGCGAGCGAGCAAACGGAACACACAGAGAGACUGAGGGUGAGCAGACAUUAACGACGCGACAGAGAACAAAGGAAACACAGGGCUUAUAUACACAGGGGAGUAAUCAGGGAAUGGAAAACAGGAGGGAGACACAGCUGGGAGGGAUUGGGCUAACGAGACAGGAGGCAGGUAAAACUGAGCACCCUGACACCAGACACGAACCUUCAAAGUAAAACAGGAAACAAGAAACAAUUUACAAGGACGCAGACCGACACUGAUCUAAAUCUAGAAUAAUAAUCAAAAUAGAACAACUAAAGAACCAGAACAUAAAUCAUAAUACAGAAAUAUACCAAAAUAUAAGAAACUGAAAAAGCUGGGUCAAAAUGACCCAGAACCUUGACACUGAUUUUUCAGCUAGUUAUUUUAUCUGUAAACCAUUUAAAGGUGAUGAAGAAUAAUAUCAUUUAUAUAAUUUCCCUCAUCCCAUGGUGGUAUCUUCAGCUGUAUGACAAACAAUUCAAAUGAAAAUGAUAAAGAAAUAAAUCGGAGCUUAAUUCGGAGAUGAACCCAGCAUUAACACAGCGGUUCCUGAAUGAAUAACAACAUUCAUCCUUUCUCACAGUGACAGCACUUUCACCAUACAGGAAUGUGCGCAUGAUUACAAUUAGUUAGACAGAUGUCCUUAUGCUGUCCGAGCGACGUAAUGCGAAGGCUGACCUGUGUUUGUCUGGAGAGCUCAGACAGUGACCGAGAGCUCAGCCUCUAACCUCCACCUGACAUCUGUACAGAGCUCAGGAACAAUGUCUGGUGUGUGCUUUCUCCUUCUGAUGCUCCCUCUGCUAUCAGCUCAGACUUAUCACUGGGGUCCCUGUCCUACUCCGAAGGUGCAGCCCAACUUUAACCUUCAGCAGUACCUGGGUAAGUGGUAUGAGAUUGAGAAGCUGCCUGCUCCCUUUGCAAGAGGAAAGUGCAUUGAGAUAAACUACUCCAUUAGGAGAGAUGGGACCAUCCAGCUGUUGACCUCGCAGAUCUAUAAAGAUAAGAAGAGGCAUGCAGAAGGGACAGGUGUAGUUCCAGACCCACGAGAACCGGCCAAACUGGGAGUCAGUUUCUCAUAUUUCACUCCAUAUGUGCCAUACUGGGUUCUGACUACUGACUACACCAGCUUAUCCGUCGUGUACUCCUGCACAGACAUCCUUCGCAUAUUCCAUUUCAACUACAGCUGGAUUCUUGCACGGUCGCCAUAUCUGCCUCCAGAGACUGUGCGUUACGCCAAACAGCUGCUAAUUGAUGAAGGAAUCGACAUUUUCAGGAUGACACACACAGAUCAGAACUGCAAGGAUAAAUAAUAACCAAUGGACACAUUCAGUUAUUGCAGAGCGGCCUCUUGCCCUCCCAUGAACUCAUCCCAUUUCAAUAUAUCUAUUAUACACUGUUGCUGUCUUUUGAAAAGACAUGUAAAUUCUAAAUAAAAUGAUCAAUAAGUUAAAAUUGAUAAAAGUGUUAAAACUGUACUAAGGACUUAAUUAACCCAUUAUUUUAAUUAUUCCAAAUAAAUGACAUGAUGUACUUUUUUAUAAUUCUGCAUUAGCUGACAAUUUUAAAGCAAUAUCAGGCUGGCGUGAAGACCUGAAUGGCGGAUGAAGACAAAUAUGAAGAAAAAAAACAGAACUAGACAGGACACUAAAAAAGGAGGGAAAAGUUAAAACAAGAAACAAGAACAUGAAAAAGUGCCGAAGAAACAAAUAACUACAACACUGAGAAAAAAGAUGGAGGAGAUGAUAGAAUGAUGAUAUCAUGAUAUACAUUAUUCUCUGAACUUCAUGUUUGCAUAUUGACACUAGAAUGGAUCAUUUUCAUUGGCGAUGAAAAAAAAGGUUCUGUAUAUAUUACAGUUACUCAUUGAAACCAUCAUUAAUAUAUUGAACAUUCUAUUCUGAUUCACACUGAUUGGGGAAAUGCAGUAUUUUUAAUUAAUUUUUAGUUUUUAAGGGUUACCGCUGACAUGAUUUAUAUUAAGAGGGAAAGUAUCACCUUUAUAUAGUCGUUAGAUUAUUCUUGCAGCACAGUGAUGCUGUGGUUUCUUUGUGGCAUGAAAACAUCACAAAGAUGUUGCUUUGUAGACAUUUUAAAUGAAUGUGCAUGUGAAUGCCUGACUGUUUCUCUGUGUCAGUCCUGGGAUUGAGUGGCAACCAGAACUAGCCAACUCUGAACUGGCAGCUGAGAAAUGGACUGAUAAUUGUUUCUGGAUUAGUGAAGAAGGCAACAGACGCGUAGCUUGUGGGGCUGUGAGGAUGUCAUUUCAUUUUAAUGGUGACAAUUUUAUUUGUCAAGUUUAGGAAUGUGGAACCAGCAAAUAUUUGGCUUCAUCCUUACAAAUGUGACUAAAAUAAAAUAAACAGUGUUUGCAGA